CAGAUUAAGGCCAGUAUGCACUGCCUAUUUGAUGAUGCCAUUAUUAGGAACCCAGGGGAGAGAUUCAGUCUGUUCUCUCUGUUAUAGAGAUACCCCCGCCUGUCCUGACUGUCUCUCCACACAGGCAGUUAUAUGCAAGAGAACAUGUCAGUCUCUCUUGUAAGGUUACAGUGACUUCACCUGGCUGGGAAUAUUACUGGUUAAAUGGAACUGGAUCACAUGACAUAGCCCAUAUUUCCAGAACAUCUAAAGGCUUGUACACCCUCAGUGCUGCUCCUCUUACACACACAGGGGGGAGACCCAGUUGGGAACACAUAGAUACCCCGGGAGUAUAGAUACCCCACCCACAUACAGGUAUCAGGUGAGUGCUGAUUGGAACACAGAGUACAGUAACCCCACCCACAUACAGGUAUCAGGUGAGUGUUGACAGGCAUUAUUCAUUGUGCAAAAUUGGUACAUUCCCAUAAUGCACUGGGUCCAACUGCUGUGAUGAUUCUGGGAUCCUGUUCCUUAGUUUAAUUCUUGUACCAUUACGAUCAGGUUUAGAGCUUUUUCAUUUUUCUGAUUUUUGAAUAUCUUCUCUUAAUAUCAUUUAAAAUAGGAAUGCAGCUGCCCUGGUUUUUGUCCUUCAUUUAGGGUGAUUUGUUUUUUCCAUAGUCAUGAAAAUACUGGCAUGACAACAGAACUGUGACCCAGUCUGUCUGUUUCUACAGCACUGCCUAAAGCCACUCUGACUGUAGAGCCAAAAUGGCGCCCACUGUACAAUGGAGAGACCGUCACCCUGAGUUGUGAGGUGGACUCCUACAGCAACUGGAUAUAUUCCUGGUACAAAGACCAGGCCCAGAUGGCUUUGUCUCAGACUGCUGGUCACAGUGUAACUGGUAACAGACUCACCAUCCCUGGUGCUGCUGGGUCUGACCAGGGGCAGUACUGGUGUGAGGGGAGGCUGGAGGGGAGAAAAGUGACAUCACAGCGCAGCGACUCCAUCAAUCUGACUGUUGCAGCCCCGCCUAAAGCCACUCUGACUGUAGAGCCAAAAUGGCACCCACUGUACAAUGGAGAGACCGUCACCCUGAGGUGUGAGGUGGACUCCGACAGCAGCUGGACAUAUUCUUGGUACAAAGACCAGGCCCAGAUGGCUGUGCCUCAGACUGCUGGUCACAGUGUAACUGGUAACAGACUCACCAUCCCUGGUUCUGCUGGGUCUGACCAGGGCCAGUACUGGUGUGAGGGGAGGCUGGAGGAGAGAAAAGUGACAUCACAGCACAGCGACUCCAUCACUCUGACUGUUGCAGCCCUGCCUAAAGCCACUCUGACUGUAGAGCCAAAAUGGCGCCCACUGUACAAUGGAGAGACCGUCACCCUGAGGUGUGAGGUGGACUCCUACAGCAGCUGGACAUAUUCUUGGUACAAAGACCAGGCCCAGAUGGCUGUGUCUCAGACUGCUGGUCACAGUGUAACUGGUAACAGACUCACCAUCCCUGGUGCUGCUGGGUCUGACCAGGGGCAGUACUGGUGUGAGGGGAGGCUGGAGGGGAGAAAAGUGACAUCACAGCGCAGCGACUCCAUCAAUCUGACUGUUGCAGCCCUGCCUAAAGCCACUCUGACUGUAGAGCCAAAAUGGCGCCCACUGUACAAUGGAGAGACCGUCACCCUGAGGUGUGAGGUGGACUCCGACAGCAACUGGACAUAUUCUUGGUACAAAGACCAGGCCCAGAUGGCUGUGUCUCAGACUGCUGGUCACAGUGUAACUGGUAACAGACUCACCAUCCCUGGUUCUGCUGGGUCUGACCAGGGGCAGUACUGGUGUGAGGGGAGGCUGGAGGAGAGAAAUGUGACAUCACAGCGCAGCGACUCCAUCAAUCUGACUGUUGCAGCCCUGCCUAAAGCCACUCUGACUGUAGAGCCAAAAUGGCCCCCACUGUACAAUGGAGAGACCGUCACCCUGAGGUGUGAGGUGGACUCCUACAGCAACUGGACAUAUUCCUGGUACAAAGACCAGGCCCAGAUGGCUGUGUCUCAGACUCCUGGUCACAGUGUAACUGGUAACAGACUCACCAUCCCUGGUGCUGCUGGAUCUGACCAGGGGCAGUACUGUUGUGAGGGGAGGCUGGAGGGGAGAAAUGUGACAUCACAGCACAGCGACUCCAUCACUCUGACUGUAGCCCUGCCUAAGGCCACUCUGAUCGUGAAGUCAAAAUGGCGCCCACUGUACAAUGGAGAGACCGUCACCCUGCGGUGUGAGGUGGACUCCUACAGCAACUGGACACAUUUCUGGUACAGAGACCAUAACCAGACAGCCACAUCUCUCACUAAAGAGUACAGUGUGAACAUCACUGGGGCUGCUGGAUCUGACCAUGGGCAGUACUGGUGUGAGGGGAGGCUGGAGGGGAGAAAUGUGACAUCACAGCGCAGCGAUUCCAUCACUCUGACUGUUGCAGCCCUGCCUAAAGCCACUCUGACUGUAGAGCCAAAAUGGCGCCCACUGUACAAUGGAGAGACCGUCACCCUGAGGUGUGAGGUGGACUCAUACAGCAACUGGACAUAUUCCUGGUACAAAGACCAGGCCCAGAUGGCUGUGUCUCAGACUGCUGGUCACAGUGUGACUGGUAACAGACUCACCAUCCCUGGUGCUGCUGGGUCUGACCAGGGGCAGUACUGGUGUGAGGGGAGGCUGGAGGGGAGAAAAGUGACAUCACAGCGCAGCGACUCCAUCAAUCUGACUGUUGCAGCCCUGCCUAAAGCCACUCUGACUGUAGAGCCAAAAUGGCACCCACUGUACAAUGGAGAGACCGUCACCCUGAGUUGUGAGGUGGAAUCCUACAGCAACUGGAUAUUUUCCUGGUACAAAGACCAGGCCCAUAUGGCUGUGUCUCAGACUGCUGGCCACAGUGUAACUGGUAACAGACUCACCAUCCCUGGUGCUGCUGGGUCUGACCAGGGGCAGUACUGGUGUGAGGGGAGGCUGGAGGAGAGAAAAGUGACAUCACAGCGCAGCGACUCCAUCAAUCUGACUGUUGCAGCCCUGCCUCAAGCCACUCUGACUGUAGAGCCAAAAUGGCGCCCACUGUACAAUGGAGAGACCGUCACCCUGAGGUGUGAGGUGGAAUCCUACAGCAACUGGACAUAUUCCUGGUACAAAGACCAGGCCCAGAUGGCUGUGUCUCAGACUGCUGGUCACAGUGUAACUGGUAACAGACUCACCAUCUCUGGUGCUGAUGGGUCUGACCAGGGGCAGUACUGGUGUGAGGGGAGGCUGGAGUGGAGAAAAGUGACAUCACAGCACAGCGACUCCACCACUGUUGCAGUGCUGAGUCUAAUGACAAGACUGGGGAGCCCAAAGGAUGUACUGACUCUGCAGCCUAACUGGCCCCUGUUCUUCACUGGAGAGACCGUCACUCUCAGGUGUACAGGACGGCCAUUCAGACAUUAUGGAUUCGUAUGGUACAGAAAUGAAUCAAAUAGUCUUGUGACAAAGCACACAUCCCAUGAAAACAUCUACACCAUCGCACCUGUAACUGAAGCCCACAGUGGUGUAUACACGUGUUCUGCUGAAUCCAGGAGUGAUCCUGUCAGACUGAACGUGUCAGCACUGCCUAAAGCCACUCUGACUGUAGAGCCAAAAUGGCACGCACUGUACAAUGGAGAGACCAUCACCCUGAGGUGUGAGGUGGACUCCUACAGCAACUGGAUAUAUUCCUGGUACAAAGACCAGGCCCAGAUGGCUAUGUCUCAGAAUGCUGGUCACAGUGUAACUGGUAACAGACUCACCAUCCCUGGUGCUGUUGGGUCUGACCAGGGGCAGUACUGGUGUGAGGGGAGGCUGGAGGGGAGAAAAGUGACAUCACAGCGCAGCGACUCCAUCAAUCUGACUGUUGCAGUGCUGAGUCUAAUGACAAGACUGGGGAGCCCAAAGGCUGUACUGACUCUGCAGCCUAACUGGCCCCUGUUCUUCACUGGAGAGACCGUCACUCUCACGUGUUCGGGACGGCCAUUCAAACAUUAUGGAUUUGUGUGGUUCAGAUAUGAAUCAGAUAGUCGGCUGCUAAAGCACGCGUCCCAGGAUAACAUCUACACCAUCGCACCUGUUACUGAAGCCCACAGUGGUGUAUACAUCUGUGAGGCUGAUUCCACGAGUGGUCCUGUCAGACUGAACGUGUCAGCACUGCCUAAAGCCACUCUGACGGUACAGCCAAAAUGGCGCCCACUGUACAAUGGAGAGACCGUCACCCUGAGGUGUGAGGUGGACUCCUACAGCAACUGGACAUAUUCCUGGUACAAAGACCAGGCCCAGAUGGCUGUGUCUCAGACUGCUGGUCACAGUGUAACUGGUAACAGACUCACCAUCCCUGGUGCUGUUGGGUCUGACCAGGGGCAGUACUGGUGUGAGGGGAGGCUGGAGGGAAGAAAAGUGACAUCACAGCGCAGCGACUCCAUCAAUCUGACUGUUGCAGGGAGCCCAAAGGAUGUACUGACUCUGCAGCCUAACCGGCCCCUGUUCUUCACUGGAGAGACCGUCACUCUCACGUGUUUGGGACGGCCAUACAGACAUUAUGGAUUCUGGUGGUACAGAAAUGAAUCAGAUAUUAGUGUGAUGAAGCACAAUUCCCAAGAAAACAUCUACACCAUCGCACCUGUUACUGAAGCCCACAGUGGUGUAUAUAGCUGUGCUGCUGAAUCCAUGAGUGAUCCUGUCAGACUGAACGUGUCAGCACUGCCUAAAGCCACUCUGACGGUAGAGCCAAAAUGGCGCCCACUGUACAAUGGAGAGACCGUCACCCUGAGGUGUGAGGUGGACUCCUACAGCAACUGGAUAUAUUCCUGGUACAAAGACCAGGCCCAGAUGGCUGUGUCUCAGACUGCUGGUCACAGUGUAACUGGUAACAGACUCACCAUCCCUGGUGCUGCUGGGUCUGACCAGGGGCAGUACUGGUGUGAGGGGAGGCUGGAGGGGAGAAAAGUGACAUCACAGCGCAGCGACUCCAUCAAUCUGACUGUUGCAGGGAGCCCAAAGGAUGUACUGACUCUGCAGCCUAACUGGCCCCUGUUCUUCACUGGAGAGACCGUCACUCUCAGGUGUUUGGGACGGCCAUUCAGACAUCAUGGAUUCUCAUGGUACAGAACUGAAUCAAGUGGUUGGGUGACAAAGCACGUAUCCCAAGAAAACAUCUACACCAUCGCACCUGUUACUGAAGCCCACAGUGGUGUAUAUAGCUGUGCUGCUGAAUCCAUGAGUGAUCCUGUCAGACUGAACGUGUCAGCACUGCCUAAAGCCACUCUGACUGUAGAGCCAAAAUGGCGCCCACUGUACAAUGGAGAGACCAUCACCCUGAGGUGUGAGGUGGACUCCUACAGCAACUGGAUAUAUUCCUGGUACAAAGACCAGGCCCAGAUGGCUAUGUCUCAGACUGCUGGUCACAGUGUAACUGGUAACAGACUCACCAUCCCUGGUGCUGUUGGGUCUGACCAGGGGCAGUACUGGUGUGAGGGGAGGCUGGAGGGGAGAAAAGUGACAUCACAGCGCAGCGACUCCAUCAAUCUGACUGUUGCAGCCCUGCCUAAUGCCUCUCUGACUGUAGAGCCAAAAUGGUGUCCACUGUACAGUGGAGAGACCGUCAUUCUGAGGUGUGAGGUGGACUCCUACAGCAACUGGACACAUUUCUGGUACAAAGACCAGACCCAGAUGGCUGUGUCUCAGACUGCUGGUCACAGUGUAACUGGUAACAGACUCACCAUCCCUGGUGCUGCUGGGUCUGACCAGGGGCAGUACUGGUGUGAGGGGAAGCUGGAGGGGAGAAAUGUGACAUCACAACGCAGCGACUCCAUCACUGUUGCAGUGCUGAGUCUAAUGACAAGACUGGGGAGCCUAAAGAAUGUACUGACUCUGCAGCCUAACUGGCCCCUGUUCUUCACUGGAGAGACCGUCACUCUCAGGUGUUCGGGAUGGCCAUUCAAACAUCAUGGAUUCAUGUGGUACAGAAAUGAAUCAAAUAUUUUUGUGACAAAGCACGCAUCCCACGAUAACAUCUACACCAUUGCACCUGUUACUGAAGCCCACAGUGGUGUGUACAUCUGUGCUGCUGAAUCGACGAGUGAUCCUGUCAGACUGAAGGUUUCAGCACUGCCUAAAGCCACUCUGACUGUAGAGCCAAAAUGGCGCCCACUGUACAAUGGAGAGACCGUCACCCUGAGGUGUGAGGUGGACUCCUACAGCAACUGGAUAUAUUUCUGGUACAAAGACCAGGCCCAGAUGGCUGUGUCUCAGACUGCUGGUCACAGUGUAACUGGUAACAGACUCACCAUCCCUGGGGCUGUUGGGUCUGACCAGGGGCAGUACUGGUGUGAGGGGAGGCUGGAGGGGAGAAAAGUGACAUCACAGCGCAGCGACUCCAUCAAUCUGACUGUUGCAGCCCUGCCUAAGGCCACUCUGAUCGUGAAGCCAAAAUGGCGCCCACUGUACAAUGGAGAGACCGUCACACUGAGCUGUGAGGUGGACUCCUACAGCAACUGGACACAUUUCUGGUACAGAGACCAUAACCAGACAGCCACAUCUCUCACUAAAGAGUACAGUGUAAACAUCACUGGGGCUGCUGGGUCUCACCAGGGGCAGUACUGGUGUGAGGGGAGGCUGGAGGGUAGAAAUGUGACAUCACAGCACAGCGACUCCAUCACUCUGACUGUUGCAGGGUCGCCUAAUGAAGCAGCUUUCAAAUACACUGAAGAGAAUGUGGAAGUUGACUUAUAAAACCUUCACACAGAAGCUGGAUCAGUGUGCUCAUGUCAAAUGAAGAACAUUUGAGAGCUCAGGAUUAUUUUUCAAUAUGAUGCUUCUCAGCUUGCAGGAGGAAAUCCUGAUUGGGGGUCAGUCAUGGGGACACUCAGUGAGUUUUGGGAAUGAAGCAGUUGUGCCUUUAGGGUGCAGGAUCUGUGUAAUAUAUCUGAGGUUCUGAUUCACCAGAGCUGCACUUGUGAUCUUUGUCUAGUUAGUCAGCUUUGAUUGCUGUGUGUUUGUUUCAGGUCCUACGUUGAACUCUAUAUAUUAUGUAGUAAAAUUGCCGCAAGCUUACAUAC